CGCAAACCGCUGGGCGCGUUUCCGGGCUCGGGCUCGGCUACCGCUUUCAGACCUCCGCUCUCUGUUCCUUUGGCUCGUUAUGCUCUUUGAAAAUAACUCAACAUGGUCUCACUGCUAAGGAUUUGGCUGGGACGCCCGCGCAGCGCGGGCUGUAGAGCUGUCUCGCGCCCCCCGUCUAAGCGCAGACGCAUGUCAAGCAGCCCGAUUUGAGGAUGACAAACAGCAUUAGCGCGCCUGCAGGCAUGUCGGAGCCAGCGAGGCAGGCGGAUACAGAUGACGAUGAAGGGCCGCAUUCGCGCAGCGUCUUGACCCGAAUUGACUGGAACUGGGACCUACUCGCCGUCUCGAUAGUGUACCUUGUCGAGGGCGUGCUGGACAUGGGCACUCUUGCGGUGUCCUACUAUGCAAAGGACAAUUUGGGCCUGGGCCCGGCAAGCGCCGGCUUGUUCCAGACGGCGGGCCAGCUGCCGUGGGAGCUGACGCCGCUGCUGGGGCUGCUGAUCGACCUGGUGCCGCUGGGCGGGUACCGCCGCAAGAGCUACCUGCUGGCAGUGGGCAUAUUAGGCGCCGCCUGCUGGGGCGGUCUGGCGGCGCUUCAGCCUCUGGGCGCGCUGCCUGCGGGGGGGCUGCUGGUGGGCGCGGCGGCCGCGACGGCCUGGAGCCAGGUCAUUGCGGACGCGGUGCUGGUGGGCAUGAGCCAGGGCAGGAGCCAGGACGUGGCCUCCUUCUACCAGGGCCUGUCCUGGGCCACCUACACCGCCGGCGCCCUGUUGUCCGCCUACACCACCGGCCGCCUGCUGGACGCCGCCGGGCCGCGCCCUGUGUUUGGGCUGGCGGCGGCGGGGCUGCUGCUGGAUGGCGCGUGUGCGGCGCUGCUGCAGGAGCAGCGGGUGGGGGUGCAGCGGGUGGUGGGGGCGGGGGUGGGAAGCAGGGGGAGGGGAGAUGGAGGUGGAGGCGGCAAGGCGUGGUGGCGGCGGUGGUGGCCGUGGGAAAGGAGAGGGGAGGAGCAAGAGGAGGAGGCGGGGUACGGCAAGAGGAUGGCAGGAGGAGCAGGAGGAGGAGGUGGGCGGGUGCGGCCGGGGGUAGACGUCCGGGCGACGGUGAGUCUGGUGCGGGCGCGGGAAGCGGCAGCGGGGGCGGACCAAGGCGGCACAGGCGAGGGCGAGGCGGAGGCGGAGGCGGAGCCGCUGCUGCUGCCAUUGCUCGGAGCAGAGGAGGCGAGCGAGGAAGGGCUCGUAGGGGAGGCAGUGAAGGUGCUCAUCACACCAGCCGGCGGCGGCGGCGGCUGCGGCGGCGCGGCGGGUGUGUUGCCGCUGCUGCGCGCUGUGUGGGUGACGCUGCGGGAUCCGCACAUCGCGAUGCCGGCGCUGUUCAUCUUCUUGUGGCAGUCCUGCCCCUCCCCCACCUCGGCGCUCUUCUACUUCCAGGUGUACGUGCUGCACUUCAGCGCUGCCUUCCAAGAGCUGGUGUACCUGGCCGGCAGCUUCGCGGGAGUGAUGGGUGUGCUGCUGUACCAGACCGCUCUGGUGCGCGCCCCGCUCAAGCUGAUGCUGCUGGGCUGUGCGGCGGCCGGCACCGCCCUGUCCGCCACGCAGCUGCUGCUGGUGACCCGAGCCAACGUGCGGCUGGGCAUCAGCGACAAGGUGUUUGUGCUGGGCGACUACGCGGUGCUGUCCGCCAUCGCCGAGGUGAUGAUGACGCCGCUGCUGGCGCUGUCGGCGCGCGUGUGUCCUCCCGGCGUGGAGGCCACCCUGUACGCAUGCCUCUACUCGCUGCUCAACCUCAGCGGCGCGCUCAGCGGCGCCCUGGGGGCGCUGCUGACGCGGCUGUGCGGCGUGCCAGCCGACCCCGGCGGCGACGGCGGCGGCGGCGGUGGCGGCGCCUCCCUCACCCUGCUGGUGGCGCUGUGCAACGCCUGCCUGCUGCUGCCGCUGCCGCUGCUGGCGUGGAUUCCCGAGGUGGCGCCGGGCGCGCCGCCGCCGGCAGGCCUGGCGGGCGUGCCGCUGCGGCGCGAGCAGCAGGAGCCGGCGGCGGCGGCUGCGGUGGUGGUGGCGGUGGCGGCGGGCUAUGAGCUGUGCAGCGGCGGCGGUGGUGGUGUUGGUGAUUGUGGUGGUGAUGAUGAGGAGGCGGGGGCACAGGGCGGCGCAAGGGAUGGUCACCGGAUGGCCUUGCAGGGCCGCCAGCCCGAACAAGCAGCCGCGCCAGCCGGUCACGUUCAGCCAGUGGCAUCAACGCGGCCCGGGCGCGGCUGCGGGCUCGCCACGCCGUUUGCGGCCGCGGCGCAAGCGGUGGGAGCGGCAGCGGCAGCCCAGGCGGCGGCAGCAGGCUGCUUCGCCGCGGACUCGCCUGCGGAUGCGGAGUCGCCGCGGCGGCGGCCGCCGCUGCCGGCCACAGCCGCCUCUGGAGCGCUGCUGCCGCCGCCGUCGCCUCUAGCUGGCGCCCACUCCUCACUACGGCGGCAGCAGCUGUUGUCCCAACACGGCAGCGGCGCCGGCGGCGCUACCGCUGGCGCCGGCGCCCAGGGCGCAGGGCUGUCCCCCGCCCCGUCUGCCACCGUGCUUCGCACGCACAGCCUGGGCCCAGUCUCGAGCGCUGCCGUGAGCCCCGCCCGAGCUGCUGCGGCCGCUGCUGCUGCUGCGGCCGCUGUUGGCUCCGCGGCGCCGCGGUGGGCGGGGCGGGCCACGGGGCAGUCGGCGCUGACGUGCGUGGGCGCGCUGGCGGGUGCGCAGGUGGGCGUGAGUCCGCUGGUGCGGAUGGCGCGGAGCCGCAGCGCGGCGCUGCUGGCGGCGGCGGAUGCCGCGGCGGCGGCGGCAGCGGCGGCGGCGGCGGCCGCAGUAGCGGAGACGGUCGCGGGGGAGGCGGAGGCGGAGCCGGCAGCGGCGGCGCAGGCGGAUGAGGAGGCGGAGGCGGCGGAGGUUGGUGUGGCGGGGGAGGCUGUGGCGCAGCGAGCAGCAGCGUAUUAAAGCAGUCGGGCUGUGACUGCA